AUGAGUGGAGUAUUAAUAUUUUUGUUUCCAGAAGAAUUCGAGCAGUUAACAAAAGAGAACAUAAGAAACAUGGGCAAAGGAAAGCAAUACAAGAAUAAAGAUGUCACUAAAUUUCUUUAUAAGAAAUAUAACAGUUCUACUUUGACAAAAUCACGUACAAUUUCAAAUGUAUCACCUUUCUCAAACACUAGUGUACUUCAAUUGAAAAAUAAUAUUUCAACUAAUAACUUGCAUAAAAACCACGGCAAAAUAAUGAGAGAUUAUUGUAUGGAAACGGAUUUUUGUAUUUUGAGGCGCUAUUGCAAAGCAAAAAAAAAUAAAAUGAAGAAUAAAAAGGUAUCCAGUUCAAAAUAUACAGUUAUUAAUAAAGCGACUGCAAAUAAAUUCAAAAAGUCAGUAGCAGAUAGCAGUGGGUGUGGUGAUAGCAAACAAACAACUAAAGGCAUUGAAGAUAACAUUGAAGACUUUAAUGCAAAUUUAACGAAUCUCGUUAUUAAAAAGUUGAACGAAUUACUCAGGGAUUGGGUUAAAGACUAUUUAUUGAAUAAUAACGAAACUAAACAGAAAAUCCAAUCUGUUCUAGAUUCAAUUGUUCAUAAACUAGAAACAAAUAAUAAAUAUGCGUCUUCUUGUUCAACGUAUACAGUGGAUAUUCAAAUUAGAAAAUCAAAGUCAAAUACGACCAACCAUAAUUAUAGUUCAACGUCAUCGCAAAGUUAUAAGCACAAAUCAACCAUAGGAGGGGUCGAAGAGCCUGAAUAUAAAACUUUUUCAAUGUUUACUGUACCAAUGGCUGAAAAACAUUUUUCGAUUAUAAAUUCUACACUGACCAUACCCAGAUAUUUUCAUGCUUGCCAUCAUCAGAUUGCCAGAAAAGUUAUGUGUAAUCCACUUUACAAAGUAAAAAGAACCUACAAAAAGAAAGUCUUGCUAACUAUAAGUAAAUCAAAUAAAUUACUUUCAAAUACUCCAAGUGUAGAUUUGUUAACAAUUUCAACUCAAUCAUUAACGAAACACUUUGCAACAUAUCGAGAUAAAAAUACGAUAAAUAGAAAUAGCAGAAAACGGCGAAUAGUCCUUAUUCCCAACUCAUAUUAUAAAUUUCCGAACUCUUUAUCUAUCACACAUAUAAAUGAAGAAUUUUUAAAUAAAUUGCAAAGACAAAAUGAAACAAAUCAACCCUUAGAUACCAUGCCUAGUCUGGUUAGAACUAUUUUUACUGAUGAAUUAUCAAAUUUGGAAAGCAGUGAAAGAAGUUUACGUUUAGAAAACCUAAAUGAUAGUUCUACCAUGGCUUAUAAAAGCCUUAAACAAAAUAAGUCAGCAGGUAUUGAAAAAGUUGAACUGUUUCGAGAAAAAGAGACCAAUAUGUCUCCAUGCGAAACUGUUAAUGUUGCGUUAGGAAACGAUUCUUUGUACAGUCAGUACCGAGAAAUAGAAACAAAUAUGUCACUUCAACAACUAACCAUUUCAUCCCGAAAUAGUACAAAAGAAAAUUAUUGUCCAUGUUUGAAUACUAAGGUAUAUGAAACAAUGAGCUGUAAAGCGUGCUUUAAAUCUAAUGAUGAAGGUGAAAGCGAUCCUCUAUUAACAAUUGAUUUUUUAGAUCAUAAUAUCGGUAUAUACAGUUCAAAAGAAGAAUUAGAUCAGAAGAAACCAUCAGUUACUCGUAAUAGUAAAAUGAAUUCUCUCAAGAAUAUAUUUUCAACUAAAAGAAAGAAAAAAUGUUGUUUCAUGCAAAAAAAAGACGUAUCAACAGAUUCGCUCAAGUUUGAAAAAAUACAAAAUAAAUGUUUUUCAUAUCUUUACAAAAAAUCAGAUAAUAAUUUUAAUCACAAUGAAUUCUUAACCCAUUUUCAAGAUAUGUUCAACUAUUUUGCAAAUUAUAAGGGUAAAAGAAAUAUUAAUUUGGACAUUCACAUAAAUGUUUUUCCUACACUUGAAGAUGAUACUGGUAUUCAAUCUCAGAAAACAAAGUUAAACGAUGUAAUAACAAGCCAAACAGUAAUUCUAAACGAUGAAUCAAAUUUAAUAAAACAACAAACUUUAAACAACAAACUUAGUAAGUCGAAUGAAAAAUUGAAUCAUUGUUGUAAUUGCCAACCAAAAAUUAUAUCACUUCUUGACGGCGCUUCCAACCAUUUAAAGUAUGUCAAAAACAAAGAGACUUGUACUGGAAUUUUAGAAAAGUCUGAUCAAAUUCCAAGAAAUAUCAAUGAUCAAAUAACAACUACUGCUGAUUUAGAAAUAGCGCAAGAAAUUUUUGAACUUCGAACUAUAAUCAAAGAUUUGGCAGUAACCGCUGAAAAAUUUGUAAACGAGCAUUUAAAUGCUAAAGUGGAUACUGAGAAAUCUAAUGUAGAGCCUAUGGUUUUGUUCAGCACAAAUGUAGAAUGUAAGCCUCUUACACAUACAGACAGAGCUAUAAGAAAAGCAUUAGUGUGUAAAAAAAGAAUAUCUAAGGGUACACAGUUGGCUAAUAAUUCUUCCUGUCAAGUACUUUCGGAUAUAAUAAUAAAUAAAGAAGCCCAAAAGAAGAAUACCCAAGAAUUUCAAGCUCGACUUAUGAAGAAAAGCACAUCGUAUAACAUAAUAGAUAGUGAAACAAUACUUAAAGUGACAGAUAUGACCUCAGCAGCUCAAACAUUUACACCAAAUGAAGUUAUGGAUGCAGCAUUGACAUGUUCUUUACCAAAAUGUAAAUCAUUAUACGAUAUAUCUGUCGAUUCAAAUAAAAAUAAAUUUGUGGCGUAUUAUUAUGAAGAGUUUCUUAGAAAACCAACUACAGAUAAAUUUUGUAAUUCACCAUGCCCGGCCUCCACAUCGCACACUGAAAACUUUGAUGAACUCAAGUAUAAAGAGAUUAAAAUGCAAUCCGAAGGAAAGUUUGAUCUUGAAGUAGAAGAAAACAAGCUUGCUGAAACAAAACCAAUGACUUUUUACCGAAAGCAAUUGAUUAUUACUGAAGGUAUUAUUGAUAAUUUUUCAAAGGAUACUGAAUCUGCGAAAAACUCUACAACGAAGAAUUUUGUUAUUAAAACAGAAUCUGUUUCGAGCUCAUCUCCUAUAAAAAUAAAAAUUGAUACAUCAGAACAAGAAAUAAAUGAAGAAAAAGAAAGAUAUGAAGAAGAUUAUGAAAAAAUAGUUCUUCAUGAAAUUCUGUCCGAUGGUGUUGUGGAAAAAUAUCCGAAGCUUCCUUAUUAUCUAGUUAUCCCUAAUCCAAUAGAAGAACUUAUAACAAAAUUAAACGGUAUAUUCAAAUCUAAAUGUAAAUCAUUAGAAAAGGAACAUUUUAUUGUUGAUUUCAAUAAAAAAUUAAUGACUAAAUCCAAUCGAAAUUUUGUAAAUUUGUCUCCUAAACAAGAUUAUUUGCCACCUACUGUACAAAGUUUAUACACUUCAGAUACGAGCAAGUACAUUUUAGAGAGUGAUUCAGGAAAAUACUUCGAAGAAGAACAAUUAAGUGUUAACGUAGCGCAAAUUAAAAAUAUAUGUCAAUGUAAUAUUAAUAACUACCCACUUAAAUUAAGAAAUAAUACAGAUUGCACUUUAAAGAAAAAUAAUUCAAUUACAAAUACUUUAUCAAGAAAAAGCAGUUAUUCAAGUUCUUUAGAAUACAGCUCUAGCGAAAUUAGUAAUACUACUCUUAUCGGUCCAAAUGUAUCUAAUAUGCUUUUUAAUAAUUCAAGUUCGUUCAUUCGUUCUAAAGACAUUUUCUUAGGAUCUGAUUAUACACUCACACCUAGUUGUGAAAGCGUAAGUGUAAAUAAAAUAAGCGAGAUUGUUGCAGAUUACAGUAAAAAUGAGCAAGUCCCAAAUAUUGCUGACAUAAUAACAUUUCCUAAUAUCAAACCUUUAUCUCAUUUAAAAGAGGAUUAUAAAUGCGAGAACUACGUUAUGGUUGCUAACACCUUAUCGAACAUAAAACCAUGCAUAGGCAAUUUGAAAAAUAUAGAUGAUAAUAAUUCCUUGGACGUUCAGUUACAAAUCCCUGAAAAUUGUCCAAACGACUAUAAAAUGCAUUUGAAUCCACCUCAAGUUACAGACAUUAAACCAAUGGUCGCGGAAAAUCUAAACGGAAAUAACACCUAUAACAGAGAAUUUAAAAUUGAAUUUACAAAAGACGAGUUAUUGGAAACACUAACUAUGGCGCUUGAUGUUACUAUUAAUAGACUCGAAAAAACUCUGAGUGAAAAAAUAGUCAAUGAAUUAAAAAAAUCAUUAUCGUCUUUUAAAAAUUCAUUACACGUACCUUGUAUGCCUCAAAAAAUCCUAUGGAAAGCGGAAACAGAAACAAUAGGCGAUAGUUUAAACGUAAAUGAUAAGGUGUCUAUUGAAAAUAUUGUAUUACCUGAUAAAAAAAUCAAUAUGGAAAAAGAUGAGUAUUUCCAAUGCAAUUUAGUAAGCACAUCAUUUAUCGAUACUCAUUUUCAUAAACUACAGCUCAAAAAGCGUACAGAGAGUUUACGAAAAAUUUCAGUAAGAAACAAUCAAAAUUUAAAGGAGCCAAAACUUAUUGGAGAUUAUUUGGAGAAUAUAAAAUCACCCACAACACAAAGCACAAUAGAAACAACCAUUAUGGAUAGAGGUGAUUCUACAACUAUUUCGAUUGAGGACACAACUGUAGAGAGAUUAGAUAAAUUUCGAUAUCUUAAAACAUUGUUUCGAUGUCCUAUCAGCAUUGUACUAGCAAUGAAGCUCUAG